AUGUCUAAAACUAUCAUAUUAGCUUUGCUCUUAGCUUAAAUCAUCACCUUAGCUUUUGCUGCAUCUUCAGUAACAUGUGGUACUCAUCCUUUGUUAAAUAAAGUUUAGAGUUCUGUUAAUAGUCUUAUUGCUACUGAUACAAGUGGAAAAGCUAAAACUAAAAGUGACGCUCUUUUCAAGAGCUUUACAAAUGCUAAACCUUCAAGCAAAAGUGCUGCUGACUUAGGUGUCUGCUCUGCCUAUGCUGGAUAAAACUCUUGCUGUGAUAAAAAUAUUGUUAAACUUAUUGACUAAGCUGCUUUAUAGAAAGCUAAGCCUAUUCAAACUAAGUCAACUGUUUUCUAGAAAUUCACUAACAUUUAUGCUGCUUAAGCAAAUAAGUUAUGUUCAAAAUAUAUUACUAAUGGUCCUGUUACUGCUGAUGCCAUUUUAAAAAAUGCUGCUUUAACUAGUUUCUAAGCUUUAAAAACUAGUCAAGCUACUUGUAAGAUUAACUUUGCCAAAGCUCUUACUUCUUUCACAAGAGGUGCAUUGUGCACAGUUUGUUCAGGUGUUGAUAAAGUAAAUGAUUACGUAAACGCCUAAGGUUAACUUAAGGUUACAUAAGAUUCAGUAAAUCAAUUCGUAUCUGCCACUGAUACUGCUGCUACUUGUUUUGCCAACAUAUUCACUGGAGACGCUUUUAAAGCUACUAUAAAUGAAUUAAAUGGUAAAUACAUUUCAGAUGCUACAUGUGCUAGUAGUGUAUUGACCAAAAUCUAAACUGUUUUCACUAAUAAGAUAAUCUAGAAUAGCGAUGGUAAUGGUGGCAAGCUUUGUAAAGGAACUACUGUUUUUGGUAAUAAUGCUGCUUGUGAAAGUUUAUUACAAGGUGAUGCAAAUCUUGAAUCAAACAAUAGCAGACUCCUUAGAUCUGAAGAUGAUGAAAUGUUUAGAUUACUUGAUGCCUCUGCUGCCCCAGAUGCUGUUGUUGAUCCUUCAGGUGUCAGUGUUUAUACCACAAGUUCCACUGAUAGCAGUAUUGAUGAAAAUGGUAGUAAUAUAAGCACAAGCUUUGACAAUGUUAGCACAACCUCAAGUGAAAUCAUUAAAGCUGCUUUGGCUUUAAUUUCUCUUUUGGCAUUAGCUUUUUGA